AUGAAACCCUCUCAACCUGACAACAGCGACGAAGCCCAGCACACAUCCAAGCCACGACGACCACCGCCCAUCCGUCCCAAACUGCAGUACCUCAACGGCCUCCCCCUCCUCUCCCCAUCAAGUCCCUCCUCUCGCGCACCCCUACCGCCCGUAUUCUACCGUGAGUGCACGCCGGGCAAGUGCCUGCAGUGCGCCCUCGCCAGCGCCCGGUGUGAGUUCUUCACCUCCGAGCAGAAGCUCAAAUCGUCCGGGCCGUGCGGCCGCUGCAGGCGCGUCGGGGGCGUGUGCCUGGUGCGGCGGCUGCUCGAGAGUGCGGACUGGGGCCGGGACGAGAUCUCGGGGGCGCAGGCGGGCGAUUGGAUUGCGGCGGAGACGGGAGGCGUCGGAGACGCGGAUGCGGUGAGGUUGGCUGGCGAGUUGUUGGCGGAGGGGAGGCGCGGGAGGAGGAGGGAUAUUUGCGGGGUGGCUGUCGGAGAGGUGGAUUUGAAGGGGUGGGCGUUGCCGAAGCCCUGUGAGGUUGAGGAUGAAGUGGAGGAAGAGGAGGUAUACUGGAAGAGACUUCUGCCGAAGAGGUUGAAUGUAAAGAGAGAAAAUCUUGAGGAUGAGGUGUUCGAGACAUGCUAG